AGAAGAAGAAGAAGAAGAAGAAGGGUUGGUUGGUCCCAUUCCAUAGGAAGAGAUCAAAGAGAAGAGAAAAGAUGUUUGAGCCGCAGCAGCUAUACACUCGAGCGAAGACCGAGGAAUUCGACCUCGAAUCAGGGGAAACCCUCUACCCAGGGCUGAGCGUCGGCGAGAACCAGCUCCGAUGGGGCUUCAUCCGCAAGGUCUACGGCAUCCUCUCCGCCCAGAUCGUCCUCACCACCCUCGUCUCUGUCACCACCGUUUUCUAUACUCCAAUCAAUGACCUCCUCAAGGGCAAUUCCACCCUCCUCCUCAUCCUCCUCUUCCUUCCUUUCAUCUUUUUGAUUCCCCUGUUGAAGUACCAGCAGAAGCAUCCUCAUAAUUACAUCUUGCUUGCACUCUUCACCGUGUCUAUCAGCUCCACCGUCGGAGUCACUUGCGCCAACACCGACGGGAAAAUUGUGCUUGAGGCCUUGAUUUUGACCUCCGCUGUGGUUUCAUCUCUUACCGGCUAUGCCUUUUGGGCGUCCAAGAAGGGCAAGGAUUUUAGCUUCCUUGGCCCAGUGUUGUUCACCUCCCUCUUUACUCUCAUCCUCACUGGCAUGAUGCAGAUGUUCUUCCCUCUUGGACCUACUGCCCAUGCUAUCUAUGGUGCAAUUGGUGCUAUGAUUUUCUCUGGCUAUAUUGUAUACGACACUGACAACCUGAUCAAGCGCUUCACUUAUGAUGAGUACAUUGGAGCCUCCGUCACUCUUUAUCUUGACAUACUCAACCUCUUCCUUUCCAUCUUGAGGAUCCUCCGGGAAGCAAAUAAUUAGUCAUCUUGAGGUUGAGAGGUUGAGUUAUGAAUCAAAUUCAAAAGACUAUGUUGCUUCUUUAUAGUAUACCGUAGGGGAAGUAUUGUGAAAUAUCUGUGCUUCUCUUGUACUCCUUUACAGCUUAUGAUGAUACUUUUAAUGACAUGAAAUUUAAAGCUUUACAAUUGUAUGUAUGCAUGAUAUAAGAAUCUCCCUUGCGAAAUAUUUUCUUCUUGCUUUGUUUGAAGUGAGUUGUCUAUCAAUUUAAUGCAGUAUGUAUAGAGUAAUUGAAUUGUUAAUUUGUUAUACCGCCA